AUGACCACACUGUGUGAUGAUGAUGAUCGGCCAUGUACCAUUGCAGAGCUGGAGAACAUUAUUACAGCGCCAUCUGCUGGUUUAACUUUAUAUCCUGGAAGAGCAUAUGAUGAAGUGUACGAUGGAAUUUUCAUAGGAGAGGGAGAUUCAGCACAGAGUAUCAGCUGUAUGAGGAGGCUGGGUGUCACCCACGUAUUGAAUGCAGCUCAGGGAACAGACAUUUUUCAUGUAAACACCAGUCAGGCUACAUAUACACGAGCAAAACUUUAUUUUCUGGGGAUUGAAGCUACUGACUUUAUCAACUUUGACCUCUCCAAGCACUUCCUUACAGCUGCUAACUUUAUAGAGGCUGCGUUACAAGCAGGAGGGAAAGUAUUUGUCCACUGUGUGCAGGGGGUCAGCCGGUCAGCCACCUUAGUGAUUGCUUAUUUGAUGAUCAAGAAACACAUGACUGUUCAGGAGGCACUGCGAUUGGUCAGGGAGAAGAGAGAAAUCUGCCCAAACCCUGGCUUUCUCCAACAGUUGUGUUGCCUCAAUGAAGAUCUGAAAAAGUCUGGACAUUUCAUACCUAACACAAACCCUGCAAAAGACUGUCUGCCUGUUAUCUCAGGCCCAGUUGUUUACAAAUGGCAGAAAUGA